ACACACACACACACACACACAAACACAUACAUAUACACACUGACACGAACGACUACAAACAGGUCUUUGGGAAACGAAUCACAGACGGAGAUCCCUUUCACUGCACUCUAAGAUGGACGGGAGCGAGGACGAGUGUGUGCGCUUUUUACAAUAUGUAGAGGACAUUGGCUUGAGGGCCUACGACGAGCUGGUGAUCCAGAAUGCGUCAGACAUCGCACGCGAGAGCGACCGGGUGCGCAACCGCCAGCACUGGGCAUACCUCCAGGACCAGAGCCAGAAGAAAAGACGGCAGGAGGAAGCCAUCAAGAGGAUGGGCGAGGAGGUGGCCGGGGUGGCAGACGGAGGGGCUUACGCGGGUAAACACUUCCGCAUGGGCUUCAUGACGAUGCCAGCUCCCCAGGACCGGCUUGCGGCGCCCAGCGGGCCGGGAUUCACAGUACGCUCCCAGUCUCUGCACUCAGUGGGAGGCAGCGAGGAUGAAGGUGGCAGCCCGACUUUACGUAAACAACCCCCGCCUAAACCCAAACGAGACCCCAGCACUAAACUGAGCACCUCGUCUGAGACGGUCAACACCACUCUCACUACAGGCAAGGAAACGAGGGAGGUGGAUAAAAGUGAUGCAUCCAAGAGUCGUCCAUGCAGUGAGGAGUAUCGUCGCAUGCCUCCGCCCAAACCGAAGCGCAACCCCAACACUCAGCUCAGCACUUCUUUUGAUGAGUCUUACAUUCAAAACCAUGGCACCAAAUUUAAGUCCGCUUCAUUGCCACGACGACAGAAGAAAAAGUCAAUGUCGCAGAAUCAAAGCCCUGCCUUGGACACUGAUGAAGAAGCAGAGCCAGUCUACAUAGAGAUGGUGGGAAACAUCCUACGUGACUUUAGCCAGUUUACUGGAAGUAAUGCUGAUGAAGAGGACGACCAGGGAGAGAGUGUGUAUGAGGAGAUGAAAUAUCCCGCUUAUGAAGAUGCGGCCCUUUCAACUGAGCCUGUUCAGGCACGCUGGGAGCCAGGCCUAGCUCCUGCAGUUUCUGAUAUAGACUUAACACGAUCAUCAGUACCUCGUGGAUCAAUUUGCGACAUACCUGCCCCCUUUCCUAACUUACUGACUCACAGACCUCCCCUGUUGGUGUUCCCCCCUGCACCUGCUCAGUGCUCCCCAAAUUCAGAUGAAUCUCCCCUUACUCCUCUAGACGUCACUAAACUUCCUAUGAUAGAGAACGUUGGCUAUAAUAAACCUGGUUCUUCCCCAACAACUAGCGAUCCUGGGCAACCCUUCCCGCCCCAGCAGUCCAUGGGGCAACACCACCAUCACCAUCAUCACCAUCAUCAUCAUCAUCAUAAGAAGAAGUCAUUAGAUAGUAAAGAAUCUUCAUCCACCUAUACAAUUACAGUGUCUGGACGUUCCUCGGCUCCACCGCUGCCAUCAGCACUAUACAAAAGUGGUGGUUCUUCAGCUGCUCAUGGUUACCCUCGCAGCCACUCUGCAUGCCCAUCCCCUAUUAGCAUGGGUCGCUCUUUGACUCCCCUCACCCUCAAACGUCCUCCGCCAUAUGACGCUGUGCUGACAGGCACGAUACCCCGUAGUGCCUCUGGAGUGUCGCACAGUUCCCAUGAGAGCGGACGUCUUUCAAACUCCUCUAGCGUCCAUGGUGGAUCCAUGCAAAAUGUUUCCACUGCAUCAGGGGGAUCAGGGGGGUCUAGUUCAGGCUCAGGGGGACGUGGAUGUCGAACACCAACUAGUCCACUGGAUGAGCUCAGCAACUUGUUUUCCUCUAGCAAGAACAUGCUGAGAAAAGGCUCUGGAGGGCGCAAGAACAAGGAGUUCAAUGAGAUUGAAGUGAAGACCAGAACCUACAGCAUCGACAGUAAAGAACGAGCUCUUCGUAGCUCCUCCCCAAAAGUGCAGGAUUGGGACACGCCCUCAGGACAAUCCGCCACGCCCACUCGUCUAGGCCGCUCCUCCAUCAGCCCGACCACCAUGCUGGGCAGUGGAGCCUCAGAACCGAAAGCUGCCUGUAAGCUCGGGCGUUCCGCCUCCACAUCAGGAGUGCCCUCACCAGUAGGAACGCCCCAGAGACACGCCCCCGAAUCCUCAGCCAAUCAGAGCGGAAGCCCAAGCCAGAUGCCCCCAGUGCCCCCAUGGGCAUGCGGGGACCACACCAUGAUGGAGAUGAUCGAGAAGAAACGGCACCUUUGCAAGGAGAUCAAGGCACGGCAGAAACCAGACAAGGCCCUGUGCAAACAAGACAGCAUGCCCAUCCUGCCCAGCUGGAAAAAGACCAACGGGGCCAAAAAAUACGGCCCUCCACCCUACUCAGCCCAAACCACCGUCUUCUGGGACACAGCUAUUUAACCCGGUUGAGGUAACGUGGUAGACGAGUAAUAAUCACUGUUCAGGCCCGCCAGUCUAUAGGCAGCGGAACAGCGGAUGAGGAGGGGGUGUGGCCAAACCAUGGCUGUUUAGCCAAUAGGAAGCAAAAGGGAAUUUAUUUGAAAUUCUGUAGCAAAUUUACUUAAAUCUGAAGCGUUCGGAUUUAAGUGUCCUUGGUUUCUUAUCACUGUUUGUAUUUCAUAUUUUUAUAUAUAUAUACAGUAUAUGAAAAAAAGGAAAGUGUGAACCGAUGCUUGGUCAUUCCAGAUUUUCUAAAAAAGAGAAAGAGCGAGAGUAAACAAUUAGCCAUGCGAUGAUAUGCAUCCCCUUAAAGAUGGUAUUUUUUGUUCUUUACUUGCUAUUUUUUUCCCGUUUUUCUAUGUUUCUAUGUUGCAUCAACGCUUAUCAGUGUUGAAAAAAAAAUCUAUAGCUUAAAAUAUAUAUGUUAGAAUUUAAUAUGUGAGAAUUUUUAUAUUGGUGUUAAAAGAAUGUCAGAGAGUAAUUUGCUUUGUUCUGUUUUGAAUUGAUUUUUUUUUAAUCAUAUAAGGAUUUAACAGAAGCACUAUUUUGUGAAAAGGAAUCUAUUUUGGACAUCUUAAGCCUGGUGUUGUGAUUGAGAUGGUGGAUUGUCGUCGAGGUCUCGUCGUGUGUCCUUGCGGUGCUGAUCUUACUUCAAAUCAAACUCAACCACUUUAAAGCCUGAUAUCUCUGGUGCUGUUCGACUCUUUUCUUGAGUUUUUCCGCCCAUAAGGACUACAACCGACUCGAUCGAAAACAUAGUGACAAGUGCUGUGAUUAUUUUAAGAGGACGUAGAGGGGGAAGACAAUGCUAGCCUGUGAGCAUGCUAACUGUAUCAACCCUUUAAGUUACUGUAUGUCAGGCAAUACCACAAAGAUUUCCAUAGUUCUGAAGAAAACGAAAACACUUUCUAUGAAGCCUGUAGUCUUUGAAGCCCUGCAUGAUCAAUGACAUUUCCAUUUCUUAUGCUCUUGUUUUGGUUUUAUGUUUGGUUUGAUGUUUAGUGGUUAAUUACCGUACUGUGUUCUCCUGUUCUGUCUUCGUCCCCUAAUUAUUUGAUCUAUUUAUCCAUUUUUUUGGGGGGUCAAAAAUCUUGCCUUGUUUUUGUGCUUUACUGAUUUUUUUUAUUAUUAUUCCUGUGUUUUGCCUGUUAAAUUUUUUUUCUUAUUAUGGCUCGUUCGGUAACCUUUUCUGCUUAUUAACCAGCACAAGGAACACUGACUAACCCUAAUUAAACACACUGAAUAUACACACACACUUGUGUCCUAUAGGUUACACCAUGUUAUAUUACAAAAAGGUUAGCACUCUCGUCUUGCACCUUAAGAGCUGCUGGUACUCCGAGGGUUUCCUCCCUAAGAUCCAAAGACAUAUGCUGUAGCCUGGUUGGCGUUUACAAGUGCAUGCUUAUGCCAUACGAUGGGUCGCCACUUCUAUGAACCCAUAUGGCAACGUUUCCUGGGAUAGCCUCCUGACACUAUACAGUACAUGAUGGAUGGAAUCACAUUAUCACAAUAAUCACAUUAAUAAUCACAGAAAUUCAUUUAAAUUGAUAGAUAACGUAUCUUAAUGAGCCUUCAAGAGUAUUGAGAAGGUUUUAAUCCUAAACAUUGUUUCAAAGCACUUUAAUGAACCCCAUCCAAGUUGGUUACUCCAGUUAUCAUAGAAG